ACACCCAGCUUGUAUAAACUCCAGCCUAUGUAGCCAAGUCCAGUCCUGAGCCUUUCAUUACUGGUGCUGGUGGAAGAGGACUUAGAAUGUUCUUGCACACUUUUGUAACCAUAGCCURAGCUACGCACAAGUGUGGAAAAGAAGAGAGAAUCCUUAUGGCGGCCCUAAAAAUAGGAAAAGUCAACUGGCAAUCCAAACUAAAUAAAGCUGAACACCACACCUCUGAUUACAACAGCUCRGAAGUAAUCUUGAGGAGAGGGCAGCCCUUCAGCAUCUCUCUGAACCUCAAAACAGUGCAAUCCUGGGACAACUUCACCUUUAUUGCAAGCACAGGACCAUCUCCAGCAGAAUCCCAGCAGACCAAGGCCACAUUUACCCUUUCUGAGGAGGGUACCAGUGGCUGGAGUGCAGCCCARGAGCCCAGCGAGCCUCGCUGCCUGAACUUCACCAUCCUCAGCCCAGCCGAUGCCGUCAUCGGGCGAUACAAACUCAAACUGCAGGUCCUUGCUGGGAACAGGGUCUUCUCCAAAGCCCUGGGCCAGUUUGUGCUACUCUUCAAUCCCUGGUGUCCAGAUGAUGAUGUCUACAUGGCUAACGAAAAGGAGCGACAGGAGUAUGUUCUGAAUGACAGUGGAAUMAUAUUUCAGGGACUGGAAAAAGAUAUUCAACCAGAAGCUUGGAACUAUGGACAGUUUGAGGAGGACAUCCUUGAUAUCUCUCUGGCUAUCCUGGACCGGAGCCUGAACCACCGYGAGGAUCCAGCAGUGGAUGUGUCCAAGAGGAACAGCCCUGUCUAUGUGAGCAGGGUUAUCAGUGCCAUGGUUAACAGCAAYGAUGAAAAAGGAGUGGUGGAAGGGAAGUGGAGUGGGAAGUUCCGCUCAGGAACGAACCCCCUGCGAUGGAGCGGGAGCGUGAGCAUCCUGMGGAAAUGGUACCGGGCCAGGUACAGACCCGUCCGCUACGGCCAGUGCUGGGUCUUUGCAGGAGUCACCUGCACAGUACUGAGAUGCUUGGGAAUACCAACCCGUGUUAUUACAAACUUCAACUCUGCCCAUGACAAGAAUCUAAAUCUGAGUAUUGAUAAGUACAUUGACAUGUCUGGAAACACCCUGGACUUGACUGAAGACAGUGUGUGGAAUUUCCAUGUCUGGAAUGAAAGCUGGUUCAUUAGAAGAGAUCUUGGCUCUUUUUAUGAUGGAUGGCAGGUUCUAGAUGCAACACCACAGGAAAAAAGCAAAGGCAUCUAUCAGUGUGGUCCUGCCUCCACCAGAGCCAUUAAAGAAGGGGAUGUGAACCUGGAUUACGACAGCCCMUUUGUGUUUGCAGCAGUGAAUGCUGACUGUGUUACUUGGAUUCGCUAUAGCAAGAAAAGAAAAGAGAGAAUUUUUUCUGAUACCAGGAAGAUUGGAAAAUUUAUCAGCACCAAAGCAGUGGGCAGUAACUCCCGUGUGGAUGUCACUGAUAAUUACAAAUAUCCAGAAGGAUCCUCAAAAGAAAGGCAGGUGUACAAGAAAGCACUGAAGCUGCUUGGUGUGAGAAGACCUGGGAAAAGAACCAAAAUUCCAAGACCUAGAAGAAGAUUUUCAAGACCACGUUCUGCACAAACCCCCACCAUCUCAGGGAAACUGAUCCUUGAAGAAUCUCCUGUAAUUGGCCAGGACAUCCCCCUCACCCUGACACUCAGAAAUUUGAUCUCAGAUUUCAAGACCAUAAARGUUAAACUGAAGGCUUCAGCCAUUCUCUACACCAGAAAACCCAAGGCAGAGAUUUUGCAGUUGCAAAGGUCUGUCAAGCUUGGAUCUGAAGAAGAGGAACAGAUUUCUUUCAAGAUCUCCUAUUCUCAGUACAAAAACCAUCUGAUGGAUGACAGGAAGAUCCUGGUGACUGCYGUGUGCCAAAUCAAACGGGGAGCCUCGCUCCUAGUUGAGAAGGAUAUUGUACUUCAGGAUCCUUUUCUCAUCAUCAAGGUCCUUGGUCCAACCGUGGUACACAAGCCUGUCGACGUGGAGGUCACAUUUACCAACCCUCUGUCUGAUGAGGUGACACACUGUGUCCUGAGAGCUGAAGGCAGUGGCCUGCUCAAAGAGCAGCUCAGAAUCCAUGUGGAAAGAAUGGCCCCCAUGGAGACUUCAACAGUCCAAUUUGAAAUAAUUCCCUACAGGAGUGGCACCAGGCAGCUUCAGGUGGACUUGGUUUGCACCCACUUUUCAAACAUUAAGGGAUUUGUGAUGCUUGAUGUGGCUCCUGCUCAGUGAUAUAACCUGUACAACAGUUCAGUUUUGCCUGUUUAUGAGGCUGGUGCAGUGUUCAUACGUUAUUAUGAUUGGGAGCACAGAAAUGCAGAUUACUCAGCCAAAAUAAAGCGAUGCAAUAUGAAUGGAAACUAAUAAAAAGGUACUACACACUA